CUACAUUGCAUUUCACCUCUGGCUCUUUCUCUCACUCAACAUCUUGCUCGUACCUUCCGUUUUGCAAACUCAAAUAGACCCCGACUGAAACAAGACAAGUUAGCACAGCCUUGGGCGUCACCAGCUCGCAACGUCAUCAGAUCACGUCCAGAGCGCCGCCAACAGGCAGCCGCACUUCCACCUCAACAACAUCCGCCCACCUUCACCCCGCGCGUUUCUAGCGGAGAGAGACCCACCUUCCAGAUCCGUCUGCAGCGAGAAAAUUUCACCUGUGGCUUCGUUCCUCGGCUACAAAGUGGCAAGCUCCAACACCAACAUCAAGUCUGCACCUCCGUCAGCUGAGCAGAAUCUGAACACCUGUCCCCACCUCCACCAAGGAAAAUGGCCAACAACGCGCGACAAAGCGCCGCGGCGCAUGACGACGAAGAUUAUAGCUACGAUCUUAGCAACGCCAUAUAUGGUCACUUCCCCAUAUCACCCCACCAGUCACGCGCCACGUCCCCAAACUCUUCCAAGAAAAGAAAUCCCAUCACCACCAGCGCCAACCAAAAUCUCGCCAGAAAAACCACCAUCUCACUCAACCGCCACAACGCACCUCCAACCUGGCUUCCGCAAGCCCAGCAAUCUGGCAAAAGAGAAUACAACAUGUCCAUCCACCAGAGCACGUGCUUGAACCUGAACAUGGCGGCGUCGGGACAGAGUUCAGAAUCCGAUCUGUGGAUCUUACCCGAACUCGACGACUGGGAGGAAGGCGAGGAGACGGAGACGGAAUCGAGUAGCCAGGGCACCCUAUCGCCAUCGGCAUCGCAAUCGUCGACAACAGCACCCCAACCGCCAGCAGCAUCUCAGGGACCCAACAAGUGGGCUGGGAGCUUUUUCCGCCGUGCAGCAAAUAGUAAUUUGGAACGUCUGCGGACUCGUCUUGAGGGGGAUGGCUGGGAUUUUGUGGGCGGGCGGUAUCGUGAUGAUGAGAUGAAGUGUCUGGGUGGUGGUGGUGGUGCUGAGGGAGAGGAGAGUUUGGAUGAGGAGUUUGAUGUUGUUGUUUUGUCGGGCGAGAGGGGGGUGUAGUACUACUGGUUGGUCGUGAAAGAGAAGUUACCUGGGUGAGGUAUCGGUGGUAAAAAGAGAAGUAUGUGGGCCGAAGACGAAGGGUUCCGACUUUGACGACAACUUUUCAUAACAUGAGUACACGAGGGUCUUUGCGGUUUUUUUCUAAAAGCGAGUGUUUUUCGACGAUACCCCGGCUGUUUUUCUUUUGUAGUACAUGCUAUUGGUUGGUCACGAUGGUGGAAAAGUUGACCAGAAUAUUACGAGUCACUAAUGCAAACAAAUAUCGACCAACAUGUCGUUAUGACGGAUACCCAUGCUGUUGGAGAUCUCUACCUGAUAAAUUCUGUUAUCGCUUGGAUUGUCCAAUGAAGCUCAUGUCUUCUGAUCUGCAUGUUAUUGCCGUCGACCACUUGGAAUGUAU